AUGGCACUCGCUUCUUCCUCUUCCGCCGCACACUCGACGACCUCUCGCGAUCAAGACACGAACAACGCGCCUCGCGCAGAUCCCUUCUGGCAAUCAACUCCACGAACAAACUCGCCAAGUCUGGCCACCAGCAUGUCGUCCGUCCAACAGGUAAGUCACAUGCCUCCUUCAUAUCUGGUUUGCCACGUGCAGGCCAUGCUGCAUUUCCACCCCGGCAUAUUCGAGACAGCCCCAUCCAGCCUCGAUAUGCUCGGCGUUAGUAAGAUUUGAAAGAUACUGACGCGUCAAAGGCACCUCCCACGGGCGUCGCCGCGCCUUCUGCUCCAGCUUCAGCACCGUCCUCGAAUCGCUAUUCGAGGCUCUUGCCGAAUGGACGCCGCGUCACCUGUACGCAUAUGAGCAUGAGUCGUGUAUACGGCCAAGCCGCCUGUUCACUCUGUGCCCGCAUACCUAGCAUGGGCUGGCUGUAUGCUUGUCAAGAGGACCAGCUGCCCGGCCAUUACGACCCGCUACCUGACAUCGACGUCACGCCAGUCGUGCUACCCGACGACAGCGACUACUUCGAUGCCGAAGCUCGUCAGGCCGAGUACCUCAAGAUGAACCCAAGCGUCAUCAAAGGAAUCCGUCGCGGUGAUUAUGAUGUAUCUCAGGUCGACAAGCUCAUUCAGCAGCGGAAGAAGCUCAUCCAAGUCAUCAACGAAAAGGACAGACAGUCCGACGAGAACACCGCACUAGGCGCUCAGAAGUCCACCAUUGUUCCCCCAGCAACUCCCAACAUCAUUGCUUCGGUAGGCGCCAAUGCCAAUGCCAGCGCGCCCCUCGCGCAAGGAAGCGGCAACGCCUUGCCAAUGUCGACCGCUGGAACUCCUGCCAACACACCGUACGAGAGCGCUGCAACUACUCCGACCAAGCAAGACGGCCAAGCACUCUCCAAGCAGCAGAAGUACGCCUGUCACUUUCAAGUCUGUCAUUCCUGCCGCCCAUUCUUCCACGACCGAACAUACGCGAGCUUCGAGUCGGUGCUGGCUGGAAACUUUCCACUUACAGUAGACGCCAUCAAGAACCUCUCUAUCAAAGAUCGCAACAUCGCUCUGACCAUCGGCCUGCGUCAGCCUCCAGUCCCGCUGGGACUCGCUACUCGAUCCAAGGGCAGCAACGAUCUCGCGCAGUUUACAGAUGAUAACGACAUCGACAUCUCGGUAGACUGGACCUCGACCUCUGGCGGCGAGAGCGACGACAGUUCCGAUCUUCUCGACAGCGCUGAGUUGUAUCCCUGCCCGGGUCCGGGACAGUGCCCCGUAUGGAGCCGCCAGUCCGGCUGCGCUUACGAUAGUGGAUUCGACGAUGGAAAGCGAGCCAUGAAUCAUGGCUACCUUGCGGCCGAAGAUGCGGAACGCCUCACGCCAGAGACCUCUCGCAACAAUCUUCUCCCCUUGAUGAGUAGUGUUGACAACACACCUGGCGGCGCCUCUUCCACGGCCUCUUCUGUCAGCCUCCCCACUCCCGACAGAGCUCCACUCACGCUGAUGCUGCCGACCGACCACAACUUCGACAUUGGCUUGCAGAAGCAGCUUCGCCGUACGAGCAAGGGCAAAUCGAUCGGUGACACAUGUAGCGCGAGAGAUAGCAAGGUGGCCCUCCAGGGAAAGGACAGCCACAGCAGCCUGGGCAGCGAGGUCGAAGUCGAGGGCGGUGUUGCCCUCACCGAGGAGGCCGUCGAGAACCUGAGCCCGGAUAUCGUCACGGAACACUAG